AAUUAAUUCAUUUGAUAAUAAAUACAACCAUCCUCUUACUCCUACUAUGAUCAAUGAAACUUCAUUUCAGUUUCGAAAAUUAACACCUGAGAUGCUAGCUAACAUUAAAAAGUAUACAAUUCAAGGCAGUCUAAAUUCUGCGUCGAUAUACCCUUUAAUUAAAUAUGAUUAUCCCACCUAG